CUCCGUGUGUGGACGUGUGCACGUGAGAGUAUGUGUGCGUAAAGUUCACUCGUUCAUUGACGGCGCGCGACUCUGGCGGGAUUACAGCGGCAAUAGUCGCUAGAGGGAAGGAUUGUUCCCGUCUGAAACUACACACAGGUGAGACGGACAACACAUGGUACUGUGUGGACUCAAGGGUCCACGUUUCUUGGGGCCCAAUGUGUACCCACAGGCCCCUGAUGGAGGCUGGGGAUGGGUGGUGGCCGUGGCGUUUUUCAUGGUGGAGGUUUUCACCUAUGGUACCAUCAAGAGCUUCGGCAUCUUCCUCCAGGACCUGAUGGGGCAGUUUGGGGAGACCAACAGUCGAGUCUCCUGGAUUGUUUCCAUCUGCGUGUUUGUCAUGACUUUCAAUGGUCCUCUCUCUUCUGUGAUGACCAACCGCUUUGGCUUCCAACCUGUUGUAAUGGUUGGAGGAUUACUUAUUUCCUCGGGUACCAUUGCCACAAGCUUUACCACUUCCGUCAAUCAGAUGUACAUCACCUAUGGGUUAGUUUCAGGUAUGGGCUACUGUCUGACUUUCCUUCCAACUGUGACAAUCCUGUCCCAAUAUUUUACCCACCGACGGUCUUUGGUCAUAGCCAUUGCUUCGACUGGAGAGUCCCUGUCCAUGUUUGCUCUGGCACCAGCCUUCUCUGCAUUGAGGGACCAUAUUGGUUGGCGGCAUACCAUGGCAGUAAUAGGAGCUUUGCAAGCCACCAUCAUCAUCUGUGGUGCUCUGCUUCGGCCAAUCAUUAUCAAACCCAGAGCAACCCACGAAACAGAGACUGACAGAAAGAUGCUGGAAGCCCUUAGUACACAGGAGAACGUAGAGGACACAAACCCAAGCGAUUCUAUGACAAACAAGACAUCAUUUGAACCAAAUACCGCCCACAGUCUGGAAAAUGAAUUAACCAGAGACUCUGUGAGUACUGGAGAUACUGGUGUCCAGUCUCUCAAGGACACAGAUGACAACAGCCCAGAAGAGAGGACUUUACUGCAGAAGGAAGCAAGGUUAGAGACAGAACAGAAAUAUGCGGAAAACAGUAAAGCAGACAUUACAGAAUCUGAGAUUGAGGUGAUAAGGAAUGGAGAUUCAGAGAAACAAGUGGGAAAAGACCAGGAAAAGGAAUCGGGAGACGAAAAGCUGUCUGCAAAGAGCUCUAAACUUCUAGAUUUCUCCAUCCUCAGAGAGUGCAGCUUCAUCUGCUACUCUCUCUUCGGAAUGUUUGCUACACUCGGCUUCUUUGCCCCUCAACUCUACAUCAUCGAGCUUAGUGUGAGUCGAGGUGUAGAGAGGGACCGUGCCACCUACAUGCUCUCUAUCAUGGCUGUGGCUGAAAUCUUAGGCCGUUUCUCAAUCGGAUGGAUCCUAAGCCGAGAUCGGUUCAGGAAAAAGAAGCUGCUGGUCAUUCUGGCAUGUGUAAUUAUAAUGACUGCGGAUCUAGUGGGAUUUGCUUUGGUCACAGAGUUCUAUGGCCUGGCUGUGUGUUGUGCUUUGUAUGGGUUUUUUAUGGGGACCCUUGCAUGCACCCACAUCCCCUUGCUGGCUGAGGAUGAUGUGGUAGGCAUAGAGAGGAUGUCUUCAGCUGCUGGUGUCUAUGUGUUCAUACAAAGCUUUGCUGGGCUAGCUGGACCCCCACUUGGAGGUGUGUUGGUGGAUGUGACAAAGAACUACGGAUCAGCCUUCUACUCCUGUGCCAUCGGCAUGGCACUGAGUGCCUUGUUCUUGGGUUUAGUAAAACCUGCUAAGAAAGGAUCACUGUGUAGGAAGAGGAACUCAAAAUCCUGCGAAGACACACUUGAAGUAAAAGCGCACUCUGAAGAAAAGAGUGAAGUUGAUAAACUGGACUAAAAAGCUGCCAGUCCAGAGGACUGCACAGAAGAUGACAACUUGGACCACAACCAGGCGGCUGCCACGGGAGAUGUCCCGGAGGUUAGACAUUUUGCUUGACCUGAUACCACAGGAUAAUUUCAAUAAAAGGGUCAAGCCAUAAGAGCAAAAGACUAUCUAAAGACUACUGCUGCUGAGUGAAGAAUAAAGACCAAUAUUAAGAUGCCAUUGAAGAUCUUCUUGGGGCAAUCUUGAGAACUUUGAGAUCAAAAUAUGUAUGUAGCAAUUGUGCCUUACAUACUUAAUGUACCAAAAAGUGUUUUUUUUAUAGUGUCAAUUUUGUUACAAUUAAAAAGAGUAGACUAUUGAGUUAGUUUCUUGCUUUAACGGACAGUGGUUUGAGUGACAUGUGGCAGGUAUGGAUCUGUUUAAAAUCGACCAUGUGCGAUCUUGUAUUAGAGGUGACGUAGUUUCAGAUGUUCCAGACAGAAGAUGUAACACUUGAACUUGAUAAACUAAGCCUGCUGGUGAUCACUACAGUAAUGAUAGCCAGAAAAAACACUGUGAAGCAAAUGUUGCCUCAAGAACAACUUAAUUGCACAGCUACUGUAACAUGAAUCUAUUGAAAGAUUGUGUUAUAGGAAAUACAUAAAGCUCAGGAGAAAACGUGUGAUUAAAAGUUAUUAUUUUUAAUCAAACUGUCACCAAGCUGACAAUGCACUGAGGUCAUAUUUUUUAUAAUGAAAAUGUGUUCGAUCACAAUAAAGCUAGAGAGUGAUUUGA